AUGCGCACAGAAGCUCCCAGUUCUUCGGCCUCAGAAAAUCUGGCUUUACGGAAACCCACAUAUCAAUCACAGCCAUAUUUCAGUCCAAACCAUGGAAGUGCUACAUUUGCCUCCAGCAAUGCUGUUGAUGGUUUGAAGAAUGACCGCUCAGCAUUUGGGGGUCAAUGUGCUAUUUCAGCUGAUGGACACUAUACCGCCACCUGGUGGGUGAACUUGACAUCUAUCCACAGCAUCCAUGAUAUAAGGAUAUAUUACAGGACAGACAAUGCUCAAUGGGGUGCUUCUAAUAGCUAUACAUCUAGAUUCUUAGGAUUCUUUGUUUAUGCAUCUAACACAACGAACAUUAGAGACGGACAUCUAUGUUUCCACGACACGAAGUACACCAAAGCUACGAUACCAGCGGUGGCAAAUAUAACUUGUCUUGUACACGGUCAAUAUAUUAUUUAUUUCAACAAAAGACCUCAGAAUUCACCAAAUGCUGACCAGUUUUAUCCAUACGCACAUACUGAAUUGUGUGAGGUUGAGAUUUACGGUUGCAACAACACAGGAUACUAUGGACCUACCUGUUCCUUACCUUGUCCAGACAGUAACUGUCGUUAUUGUCACAUAGAGACAGGAGCAUGUCAGGGGUGUAAACCUGGGUACAAGGGUCAUCAGUGUGAAUUACCAUGUGACGGUGGCAGAUAUGGACAAGAUUGUGGACAGAGAUGUGGAGCUUGUCUGGGAUAUAAACAAUGUCAUCACAUCAAUGGGUCUUGUCUUAAAGGUUGUGACACUGGAUAUGGAGGAGAACUUUGUCAAACUGGAAUACAGCUUUAA